CGAAGGUAGUCAUUUCGACCACAUUGCACCCAACUAGAUCAUUGGAAGGGAACUACCAAAUUCUACAUACGUAAAACAGGUUACCGCAAUUCCGCUAUGCUGAACUACCGAAUAACAUGGAUGCUGGUUUUAAUAGUCUGUGUAUCUGCACAGGAUUUAUGCGAUAGUGAAUUUGAGUUUAAAUGCAACACCGGCGAGUGUUUUCCUGCCUAUGUGAAGUGUGAUGGGUACCCAACAUGCCCCAAUGGAGAGGACGAAGACAGUUGUGGAUUACAGUGUUUUCAGUGCGAUAAUGAAUGGCAUACUGCUCGACGUGGCUGUCGCGAAACGUGGUCUGGUAGUAAAUUCGGGGCUCCACUAUGUGCCGAGGAUGAAAUAUGCAUUACAAAAAUAAAAAAGACUAGCAAGCAACAGCUUAAAUUCUUUAGAGACUGCUUUUCGAAAGAGCUAUGUCUAGCCCGUCAGAGCAAAAAUCCACCAGAAUGUUACGAGGAUCCGGUUCACGUAAGCACUAAGUGUGUGUUCUGCUGCGAAGAGAGCUAUUGUAAUCAAUUCACUGCAGAAGACGCCGUCAUGGUGUGAUGGCGUUUCCACGAUGGUGAUAUCAGUAUAGCAUUUUGAAGAAUAUAAUCAUAUUGAACAUUAUCAAUUUCAAAGUACUUUAAUAUUUGUCCAAUAAAUAAAGGUUGGCCAUUCAAACAAA